AUGCCGCCCACUCUUUCGGCCACUGGCCGGGAACAAGGCGGAGCCCCCUCCUUGGCUCGCGCCCGGCCAAAGGCGAGGCGCGUCUGUUGCCAUGGGCGCUGCCUCGAUCGGCAAACAUUUGCCGGACGGCGCCGGGAGGGAGGAGCGGCGAGCAGAACCGCCGGGGGAGCGACCGAGAGGCGAGCGGGAAGGGACGAGCGGACCUUAAGUAGCCAAAGGAAAACGCGGGGACGGGUGCCGGAGAGCGUCCGGGCGCUGGAAGUGGAGGACUCCGUGGCAGCAGCCGCGAUGGAUGACUUCGAGGAGGAAGAGUCCUGUGACUUUGACCCCCUGCCUGCGCUCUCGGAGGACGAGGAGAAUGUGUCCCUUGCUGAUGUUCUGUCACUGCAAGAUAGCUGUCUUACUGAGCAAGAUUUUUGGGCUAUUUGCCUGGAGUGUAGUCAGUCUUUGAAGAGCAUUGUCCAGUCUACAAUCUUCCAGACACUUUGCGUUACUCCUGACACUUUGGCUUUUAACACCAAUGGCAAUGUAUGCUUCAUGGAACAGAUCAGUGAUGAUCCAGAAGGUGCUUUUGUCCCUCCAGAGAUUGAUGAAACAGGUAACACAUUUGAGGCCCAUCUGUAUUCCUUAGGAGCUACCUUAAAAGCAGCACUAGAGUAUACAAUGGAACCUGAAGCAGAUCUGGAAUUUAGCCAAGACCUAUAUGCUUUGCUUGGACAAAUGCAGAAAGAAAAUCCUAAAGAAAGGCCAGAUAUCGAGGCUGUCAUAUCAUUAUGUGAAGAGAAACUCAAGCUUUCUUCCUCAAGUGAUAUUUGCCAGGGCCUUUCAGCUACUGGAAGAAAGAUGCUUUCAAUUGAAUCAUAUGGCACCUUUCAAGACAGUUUUGAUAACAUGUGGGAAGGAAAAUUCUAUGAGAGCAUUUCACCGUAUCAAGAGUGCACAGAUGAUAACUUGACUAAAAAUCGAACACCAUCACCAGACGACUUGAAGUCUGCUAGAAAUGAAAGCUCCUCUGGCAUUAAUGCUCUGAAUGACAGAAACAGUGAUAUAAAAACAAUGAUAAUCAAGAAGGAGGAAAGGUUUUGCUGCCAAAGUAUUUCAACCUGGGUUACAAAAAGUCAAGAGAGGAACAGUGUUAUAAAAUGCAACAAGGAGUUAGAUGCUAAGCCAUAUGCAACUGGAAUGGAGAGAGAUACAUUUGAGAAACACAGUUUAAGGAAACUUAGAACUUUUCCAAAAGUACCAUUUAACAUUGAGACGGACUCAAGAACAUUUUUAUCUUUUAUAGGGCAUAACACUUCACUGACAAGGAAGCAGUAUCAGUUACAUUCCAGUAAUAAUGAGGAUACUAUGUUAGAAGGAAAAUCAAGUCAGUUUGAUCAAGCUGGGUCAAAAGCAGCAUCUCUUCUGGGUCCAAAUAAUAAUUUAGGAGAACUUUGUCUGAGCCCAAAUGCAUUUUCAAUGUAUCCAAACCACAUGACAUCCAGUGGUGACAAAGAAGCGGUGGAAUUUUUUCCAUAUCGUUACGCCAUUUCUGAAACGUCAGGCAAAAAUAAUGUAUCAGAUGCAGCAGAUGAGACAAGUCCUGGAUGUAACCUAUUAGAACCCUAUUGUGUAAGAGAAUUCUGUAAUGAAGCUGCUCAAAAGUCAAGUCAGAACUGUUUGCUUCGUGUUAACAAGAAGUCUUCCACAUUCAUGGCAUUUAAGGAAAAUGGUUGUAACUCAAGCAUGCCGAGUUCACCUGAAGAGAGACACAGUGAGAGAAAGGACGGUUGGAGUGAAGAUAGACAAUAUGAAGACAGGGACUCAGAAAUAAGAAAUAAUGAGCAGUGUGUUUUUCUGAAACAUCUCUUAAUGCAGUACAGCAAACCAUUGAAAGAUUAUGAACUCUGGGCUUUAUGCCAUGAAUGUCUGCUCACUCUGGAAACGUAUACAGAUUAUCCAGCUCACUUGUGUUUAGAUUCUGUAGCAAUCAACCAUGAUGGAAGUAUUACUUUUGUUCCACAUGGAAAUGGAGGAUCAUCGGAUAGGUUUUUCUUGGCUCCUGAGGCCACAGAAGAGGAUUUUGUUACUGAAAAGGCCUGUAUUUACUGUAUGGCUGCAAUUUUGUGGAGAGCAGCAAGAUGUAAUUUUCCACCUGAUCACAAAUUGGUGUUGCCAGGGAAACUGAAAAAAUUUCUUCUGAAUAUGGCGAGAAGCAAGCCAGAAGACCGCCCUUCUCUAGCAGAUGCAAUUAAGAUUUGUCGUAGUUAUCUGCUUGAACAAAGUAUCAGCAGCAAGAUGGUUCUAGAAGUUUUAGCAAAAAUGGCAUUUCAGAGUUUCAGAGGAGAGGAUUCUUUUAAUGUUAGCUGGCCUUCUAAUUUUCAAAGUGAAAGUUGCUCAGUAAAUGCUAACUUAGGAUUUUUGCCUAUGAGCAACAAAAGCAAACUGAUAGCAGUAAAAGGACCGGUUCCUUGCCAGCCUCCUUUAAACAAAGAAAGGAUCAUGUUGCCAAAUGCCUUCACUUCUUCAGCAACUCACUUUAAGCCUAUUAUUCUGCAUCAGAAUGUAAAUCAUAAAAUAGAUGCCAUUGCAUCCACCGUGGUAGAACGUGAAACUAUGCCAAGAAUAGCAUCUGUGAAUAGCAAGAGUCCAAAACAUUCAAGCAAUGACACUGAAAAUAAGACAGAUGAAGAUUCUGAUUUGCCUACUACCUGUAUGAUGCCUGGUGCUCUGGAGCACAGUAAAGAGGGCCCGGAAAUACUACAACGGAAGGAUCCCAAAGAGCAAUCUCCCAGCAAUACUAGCUCCUAUAUCCCUAAUUUACCAUUUUUUUCUGAAUCUUCAUGUGCGUCUCAAGAGAGAUGUGUUUUGCAAACAUCUCCCUCAGCUAAUCCUAACUCUACUGCACCAUCUAGUAUGACUUUUAUAAAUAAUUUUCUUUUAAAGCAGGAUCCUGAGACAAGGGUGUUGACUCUUGUACCUGUGCAGAUAGCUGUAUCGGAGCAAAUACCAAAUAAACCUCUCCUUUCAAAAACAACUUACAGCUGUUGUCCAAGUUUACAUGUGCUACUUUCAGAACCUGCCGUGAACUGUGAUGCUAACAGAGUCCUACAAGCAAAUUCAUCCUUAGGUCAUGUGAGAAAUGACAAAUUUGGUGAUGUACAAAAUAAAUGUUGGGACAUAAAAGCUAAACCAGAUGGUUUAAUGCCAACGACAAUUAAUAAAGAGACUCAAACAAAAUGUUCUGAAAGUAAUCCGUGCCUUGUAUCCUUUAAGAAAUCUGAUACAGAUACAGAGAAUAGUUUCCUUUUAUCAGAUCGUGCACUGGAUAUCUCAGUGGACCAAAAUUCUACUUGUUCACUCAUCCUAGAAACUUCUCAGCAGAAUAAAGGAAUGCAUAAUGUUCCCUUGGAGAAUGUCGUGCAACUGAUUCAAGAAGAGUUUGCAUUUGGUAGAUCUCAGGACAAUACUACUGAAGCCCUGGCUAUAGGUAAAUAUAUUUUCAGUUUAAAGGAUCUCAAAUACAACACAUUCUAUAAUGCAGUUUCUGAGAAAUUUUGUGAUCUUUACUGGGAAGAAAAAUUACUAGCAAAUCUUUAUGAUGCAGCAAAUGGUAAAACUCCUGAAUCUGAAAGAAUUAACGAAGCACAAUAUUUGAGCAAGACUUCUCAAAGCAAGCCAAACAACUUUCUGAAUGGAAGUGAGGAAGCAAAAGUUGAUCUUGCUGAUAUGGAUGCAAGUGAGAAGGAAGUUGAAUCACAAACAGUCCUAGUUGGAAUGCAGAUGGAGGGAGAAUGUUUGCAGAUCAAUAAAGGUUGCAGUGGACCAAGUGUUACAGAAAAAGAAAAGCAAAAAGAAAUUCAAGUAAAGACGGAAGAAAAUACGUACUCUGGCUCUUCCUGUCAUUCUGAAUUGCCUGGAUUUUGUCCUGGUUGGAGUAGCGCAUUCUAUGGUUCAGAAUGGUUCAGUCUGGAUGUACACAAUUAUUUUAGAAAACUUGGAAAACAAAAAGCUCAUGGAACUCAAAAUAUUGAUGCUAAAAAAAUGGAACUUGACCAGCUGAUAAUGAUUGAGACAAAAAAUUACAGAAAGAGCAUAACCUUCUACCAGAGGCUGUUGUAUAAAGAGAGAAGCAGCAAAGGUGGAGAAAUGAAAACUUUGUUGCCAAAAUUGGAGAGACAGAUAGAAGAAAUGAAAUCAAAGAUGCAGUUUCUUGAACUUGUGAAGAAGUAUCUACAGAUUAUGUAUGCAGAAAAAUGGGGAGUUGAACCAUGCAACUUUCUUACAGUGGUCAACAUGGGAAGAAAUGAAACACUGGACAUCAGUGCCUUAGAUGGCAUGCUACUUUUUAAUCAUAUAAAUAAAACCCAAAGUAAAGCUCAGUAUAAUGACAAUCAAAAUUGCCCAAGAAAUCUUCAAGCUGGGACACCACUUGGAUUAAUGGCAUAUCUCUAUUCUAGAAAUGCAUUUUUAAAAGGCUAUGUGCAACAGUUUCUGUUCGCUUUUCGCUAUUUCUGCUCACAAGAGGAACUUUUACAAUUUCUUCUUGAUAGAAUCAGAAUUACCUCACCCAGUUCCAGCCUGGAAUCUUCUUCAUUGCUUAGCAAAAUAUACCACCGCAGCUUCUCCAUUCUUCAAGCUUGGAUUGAAGACUGUUACACUGUAGACUUUACCAUAAACCCUGAUUUCAUGCGUAUACUAAAAGACUUUAUCAUUUCCAAGGUAGUACCACUCAAUGGUUGUGGCAGACAGUUGCUGUCAUUACUUAACAACGUUGCUAGCAAAAAGGAGAGGACUAUUUCUCAGUUCUGCAAGACGGAAGAACGGGAACAAGGGGUGGAGAUCAAUGAAGCACAAUCAUUGCCUUGUUCAUGCAGAAGGGACUCCACAAAUGCUUUACAAAAGCGUCUUAGCUGGAGACUGUCAAAAGGCACUGAAGCUAUUGUACCCCAGUUGUAUCAUAAACCUGCACCAGAAGAAUUCUCUGGCUUCUGCAUCAGAAUAACGGAGGCUCCAUAUUUCUUAACAGAAUAUACUGCGCAACAGCUUUGUUGUCAGCUGACACUAUUAGAACAGGAAAUAUUCCAUAAAUGUCACCCAGUGCAUUUUCUAAAUUCAAGACUGCUUGGAGUCAAAGAUAAAACUGUGCCUCUCCCAAAGGCUUCUUCCUCUGACCUGUCAUCUACUCCAGCCUAUAACCUUUUUGUGAAAAACUGUAUCCAAGAUGAUUACCUCCUGCGGCUUUUAAAAUAUGCAGAUAAUGUCAGUACCUGGGUUGCUGCUGAAAUUGUCACCAGCUACAGUUCUAAGGUGCAGAUGAAUUUAGUAUCAAAAUUUCUGUUCAUCGCAAAGUGUUGCUACAAACAAAGAAAUUUUGCCACUGCAAUGCAAAUCCUAAGAGGCCUGGAAAAUCUCAUUGUCAGACAAUUGCCUAUUUGGAAAAGCUUGCCUUCUAAAGUUUCUGACAUACUGGAAGAACUGAAGGCUGUAGAGGUAUUUUUAAAAAGUGACAAUUUGUGUUUAAUGGAAGGAGAGAGGUUUAAAACAUCUCCAACAAUUCCAUCAGCGCAUAUACUGGCCAUGCACAUUCAGCAGCUUGAAACUGGAGGAUUUACGAUGCGAAAUGGCUCAUAUAAGUGGACUAAACUUAGAAAUAUUGCAAAAGUUGUAAGCCAAGUUCAAGCAUUUCAAGAAAACCCCUACAUGUCCCCACCAGAUUGCCAGUUGCAAGAUUUCUUAAGACAAAGAAUAGCUUUUCUUAAUGAUGCAGACAUCUUUGCGUUAGCAGCUGAUAAUUAUGCCAACUUUCAUCAGAAACCUGAAAAGCAAUCCCGAAAAAUUCAAGAUGCAUUACAAAGGAUGAAAGUGAUGUUUCAGUAA